AUGAGUACACCGAGCGUGACCAUCCUGGAGCCGGGAGUCUUCCGAUUACUGCCCAAACUCCAGUACCUGUACAUGACGAGUGCCAUCCAGAGUCUGGACGAAAACCAGUUCGAGCUGUGCCCAGACCUGAGAACAGUGGUCGUAAACGCCAAGAUCCAGGAAAUACGGCCAGGAACUUUCAGACAGAACGAGGCACUCAGUUUCCUGAGCCUCUACAACAACAACUUCACGCACUUGCCAAAUGGUCUGCUCGCUGGCAACCCAGAAUUGCGUCACUUGUUCCUCAAUAGCAAUGGCAUACGGACCAUUUCUGGUGGGGCGUUCAGGAACGCUUCGAAACUCCAGGAGCUGAUGCUGUCUCGAAACCACCUGAGAUAUCUGGAACAGGGAACGUUGGACGACGCGGAGCUGCUCACCGAUUUCGACGCUUCGGAGAACGAAAUCACAUCUCUGCCCUCGACAAUCUUCGCCAGAACUGUGUCGCUGAGAAAAAUUGAUCUCCACUCGAACAACUUGACGUCUCUUCCAAAGGACAUAUUUGCAACUACUACCAGUCUCGUGGAUCUACUCCUGGCCUCCAACCAGCUGGAAACCCUGGAACCAGGCAUGUUCCGGCACACCCCCCUGCUGCACACAUUGGAUCUCAGAGAGAACAUCCUCAAGACCCUCCCUGGAGAUGCGUUUGCCGGGAUGCGGGGCUUGCGCUACCUGCGCCUGUCCCACAACCGGCUGGCCUCACUGCCAGCUGAUGUCUUCAAGGAGACCACUGGCUUGCUGACACUGGAGAUGUCAAACAACCUCCUCGAGGAGUUGCCAGAGCAGCUGCUGGCCAACUGCCCUGAGCUGUCGAUUCUGUUUUUGGGCCACAACCAGCUCAAGAGACUGCCUGGGCGACUCUUCAUCAACAGCACUGAUCUCUGGUGUGUCUGGCUAGAAGACAACAAUCUCUCGAGUCUACCUGCCGAGCUGUUUUCCGGGACGGCACCGCUGACGCAGAUGUCACUGGGACACAAUCCGUGGAACUGCAGCAGCUGCGACGUUAGUGCGAUGUCCCGCUGGCUGACAUCAAAAAACAUCGACGUCGUCGAUGUUGCGCCGGAGUGUUCGGGGCUCAACAGCGACAUCCGUAAGGUGGAGACUAUGGCCUGUUAA